UUUUGUCACAAAUGGUUGACUAUGGAUUCUUAUAAGGCUACAUACUUGCACUCAUUGAAUCCAAUUCCAGGAGAAGCAUUAUGGGAAAAAUCUCAAUACCUUAAGCCUCUAGCUCCUAAAGUAAAAAGAAAGCCAGGAACUUUGACAAAGAAGAGAAGAAAAUAUGCUGAUGAAGAACCUUCAGGAAGUAAAAAACAAAAAAGUGCAACUAAGUUGAACAGAAAUACUUGCACCUAUUGUGGGACAAAAGGCCAUACUAAAAGAAGUUGCAGUCAUAGAAAGGCUGACGAUGAAGCCAUUGCUCAAGCUACUGCAGCUGCUGAAGCUGCUGCUGUUGCAAAUACUGGUAAAGCUGCUGCUGUUGCAAAUACUGGUGAUGCUGCCGAUGUUGGUGCUGAUGGGCAUAAUGGGAAUACUGCUAGCAAUGAUGGACAUGUUGUUGCUAAUGAUAUUGGAAAUGAUGCCGGUAACAAUGCUAACAAUGAUACUGCAGCUUCAGAGGUUGAAAUCACACAACCCAGUUAUUCACAACCAUUGAUUAAUGAAGUGGUUGCUCCACUUGUUCCAAUUCAACCUACAAGGCCAAACAAGUUGCCCCCAAAGAGAAGAUCUCAACACUCAACUGCUGCAAAUAUGGAUCCAAUGCAGGGAGCAAGUUCUGGGACAGCAGCAAGAUUGGCAGGGGUCAUGAGGUUUGUCCCUACGCCAGGCUUCAUACCUCCAAGGAAGAAGUGAUGAGAAGCUUUCUGUUUUGUUGUAUUUAA